AGGGACACAGGACAGACGCUCUCGGACAUCGGGCGAGAGCGGGCGGCCGGCCGCGCACCUGCCUCGCACCGCUUCGCACGCGCUACGUGCUUGAUCGCGAGACGCUACUUCGAUAUAUCGUAAACACGAGACAACAGUUAAAAUUUCCAAAUUAUUUUGUUUCUAAAUUAAUUUUGCCGUUACUUUAUUCGAAAAAUAAAGGAGUAUUUAUUGGAACAAUUUAAUUUAAAUUUAGUUAAACGGACAGUGACUGAAAUUUGUUUGUUCGGACUGAAAAGUGACGAAGUUUAAACAGAUGCUAUUUAAUGGAGUGUGACCAAAUGAAUCGUUUACCGAAUCGCAGGAUCGCCACUAGGUGCGGAUAGAUUAGAUAGGGCACUGAGACGUUCAUUCAAGUGUUGAUAAGACCCUCUUUAUGACCAGUCGAUUUUGGCGAACAAACAUUCGGUUGACGUGUGAACUGAAUCACCACAACAUGAAAAGGAAAAAGUAAGAUAAGAUAUAGUUAAAUUUUGAUUCGUUAACGAUGAAGAAAUUAAGAAGAUGACUAAAAUUUUUAUUGAUGUUUACCGUCGGACAUUCAAGGGGGAAUUUGUGAUAGCAAGACCUCCUUAUCAAUAACGUUUUAGAAAUAGGACGAUAAGCCGCUGGACCGACGGCGGCACGUGUGAAGUGAGCUAAAGAACUGUCGUAAGAUAGCAAAGAUAUUAAGAUAAACAUUUCUGAGGACAAAAAAAGUUGUUGAAGAUCUAAAAAUAGGUGACCAAAUCAAGAUGAGAAUCAAGAUGCCAGCUGUACGCAUCGCGCAAGCGGAUGCGGACAGCGCGGCUGAAGGUGGUGGGUCCCCAACACCCGGGGUCCCAGCCGACACGCUCACCUGCGGCGCUUGUCGGAGAGCCUUCGCUCUUGCCGAUAUCGUCCGCUUCAUCCAACAUAAGAUCUCCUCCUGUGAUAAGGAUCUGACGUCCUACCACUGUUAUAGUACCGGACCAAACUCCGACCAAGAAGAUGGCUCAAGGCCUGGCCAGGUCUCAAGUGGGAGCACCAGCGUGCGAAGACCUUCACUGCUCACAGCAAGGAGGCCUCCUAGCAGUAGAGUGCACACCCCUCCUCUUGCCAGUCCCUCCAUAGCACAUCCUGACCUUCUAGAAGAUGGGGGCGCUUCGAGCACGCCUAAGCGACUACUGGACGAAGCUGACGCCGGAGUCUCGACACCUAAAAGGCGAGCGUCCACAUCGCCCAUGCCAUCAAGUUCCCCUGAUGAAGAUAUUAAGCCGAAGAUCAAACAAGAACACAUGGAUACCUCCAGCUCCCCUGAAGAUACAAAGAAAUCAAGAACAGAAGUGGCUGAUGCUGAGUCCAACACAAUGCAUAGUGAACCCAGCAACUACGUGUGCUCGACGUGCAAGGCGCGCGUACACUCCGCGUGGAGGCUCCUGCAGCACGUGCAACAUGUGCACGGCGUCAAGAUUUACGUUGAAGCAAUGCCUCAACAGCAGCCUAACAAGCAAAACCACUCAUCGUCAAGCACAUCUUCAUCAAGCUCGGGUUGCUCAUCCACUGGCGCACCGCUGCCACCACCCAGCUUACGUCACCACCCAUUACUUCCUCCUCCAGACAUGCACUCACCGUUUGGAGUAGGUGGUCUACUCAGGAUGCCAUUACCAGGCAGCCUACCGCCAUUGGCACACCCAUCAGUUCCUCCAACGCCAUUGUUUGCGCGGCCUAAUCACCAUGACCAUCGGUUUAGAAUGGAGCAGCUCGUGUCAGAGCAGUUCCGACACCAUGGUUUAAACUUAGCAGCCGCGGCUGCUGCUGUAGCGGCUAACUCGUUACCGCCACACCAAGCAUUCCCUUCUCCUGCGGACCGACCUCCAGUUGUGCCCACCUCGGUAUCGGGCCGAGAUAGAGCUCCACCAGUAUCUCAACCUCUCUCACUUGAACCCCAGCUGGAUUUUUACUCGCAGCGCUUGCGGCAACUGGCCGGUACGACCAGUCCAGGGGCGGCCACAGGCAAUUCCAGCUCUCCUAGCCCCAGGAAGCAUUCACCUCCGUUCGCUUCCCCGUCGCCCUCCCGAGUCGGUCAGACUCCUCCGGCGGGCGCCGGACCCGGAACGGUGGAUACGCCCCGCGAAGCUACGAGGCCGCACAGUUCAACAUCACCCGAACGACGCAUUGAACCGCUAGCAGCUGACGCGCCGCCCACUGACCGGCCGUCUUCUACGCCGCCCGCCAAACGCAACACUGAUGAAGGGAUCCAUUCCUGUGAAUUUUGCGGUAAGAAAUUCCGAUUUGAAAACAACUUGAUAGUUCAUCGGCGAUCUCAUACUGGCGAAAAGCCGUUCAAGUGUACCGAAUGUGAUGAGGCAUUUGAAAAGGCGUCUAAAUUAAAACGACACAUGAAAAUUCAUCGAACAUCAGACACCAAUGUUGAGGAUGGGGAAUCUGGAGGUGAUACAGGAGAGGACGACUCUGAUGAUGAUUUGGAGGACGAGGAAUUGGAAGGUGAAGAGGAAGACGAAAAUGACGAGGGAGAUGAUGUUGAGGAAGCAGAAGAUUUAACCGUCUCAAAUAGUAGCGCGCCAUCGGCGCCAACUAGGAAACAAACACCAGUUUUACCUAACAAUCCGCCUACUGCAUCCGUUGUUGGCGAGUUGAUGGACAAAUUCGGUCUGUCUAAUAUUGCACAAUACAGCGAAGCUUUUAAACAGGCUUUACAAGAAUCAGGAAAUUCCCUAAAAUGGCAACUAGCUAAGGAUAGAGAUAAUAACAACGGCCCACCCAGUGAUAAGCCGAACGGCAUGCCACCAACGGCUGCUUUACGAUUAAAAGAGGAGUUUGCCAAAAUGCCGCCUCAACCUCAUCCACUGUUCAACCCUUUUGAGAACCCAUUCGAAACUUCCAAACGUAUAAAAUUGGACAUGGACCGAGGAGAAGGUUGGUGGCUACCAACACUGCACGCUCAACGUCCGCCGGAGAACAUCUUCGACGGAUUAAAGAAUAGCGGCAAUGGCCUACUACAGAACCCCUUGCUCAAAUCAAAAGAUGGAAGACGAAAUGACACCUGCGAAUUCUGCGGGAAAGUCUUCAAAAACUGCUCAAACUUAACGGUUCAUCGGCGAUCGCACACCGGAGAAAAGCCAUACAAAUGUGAGCUGUGCUCAUACGCCUGCGCUCAGAGCUCCAAGCUAACAAGGCAUAUGAAGACGCACGGGAGACUGGGCAAGGACGUCUACCGCUGCAGGUUCUGCGAGAUGCCCUUCUCCGUGCCGUCGACGCUUGAGAAGCAUAUGCGGAAGUGUGUGGUUAAUCAAAGUAAUGGUGCUCCCCUAGCUCUAUCCGAUGACUCUAACGCGUGCCGCGACGAGGCGUCGUGACUCUACCCGUGGGCCGGGCUCCGCCUGCCGCCGCCCGCGCCGCCCAGCCAAAUCUUCUAAGACCUGCUCCGGUCACGUGUUUCGUCGCGUCUCUUAUCUCGGUACACGCGCAGAACGAAGUAUCGCGUCGACCGGGUCUAGGCCGAGUUUUGUUCAAUUUCUAGUCUUAAGAAUUGAAUAUUGGCGGUAUUAUUGUUUAUACGCACGCAAUAUGAGCCCAAAAGUUUGCACCGAAGGGCAUUAAUUUAGUUUAUGUAAUUAUAAGUGACAUAUCUUCUUCGUACUGACAGUGUUAAUUACCGUUGCAUUGUUGAUGUUAGUUUUCUAUCAUUUUUGUUUGGAGGCUGUAAGUACGUCUUUGAUUCUUAUGUUACUCCCUUUCGAUCUUGUUUUGACAUGUUUUUUAUUUAUAGAAAAAAUGUGGAAACCAAUGCCAAAGUUAGCUAUGUUGAUUUAAAUAUACUUAAUAUUUAGUUUUAAGCUGUAUAGUGUCAAUUAAAUUAGAAUUCUUUCCAGUAUUUUCUAGGAUCUUCAUAGUUUGGUGUAGUAUGUGUUUCACGAGUAAGUUGUUUCGUAAUUUUAGUAUAUUGUGUACAAUAAUAAGCGAAAUGUUUCCUAUCCUAGUUAAACAAACUUGUGUACAUAUUUGAUGUAAGUUUAUUUGUGUAAAUCGAGUACCUACCUAUUGAUGUUCAUAUUUAUAGUCGGAUAAUAUUUCAAGGAUUAUAACAAAAUUUGGUGAGAAAACGGUGAGUUUCCUGUAAUCGAUAAUUUAUUUAAGCAUUGUAGAAAGCGAAAUUGGAAUCGAUUUAUGGUAGGUGUUAUUCGUAUCGCGGUACUUGUAUGUUUAAUUAGCGAUUAAAUUAUUAAAUUAAAUUAACACUUUGGAGACCGAUAUUCGUUCAUGUGCUAUUAUUUCUUGUGGAAACUAGUUAUUUUAUUAAGACUGAAAACAAUAUUCCAGUUUGUUUAUUUUUAAUGAUUUCUUCGUGAAUUUCAUUCGUACCUAAAUUAGUCCAAGCGUGAAAUCUUUCAGUAUACGUACUUAAUGUAAAUUAUAAUAGAAUUUAUAUUAGAUAAUUGUAAGUAAAUUAUAAUAGGCACAUUUUGUCGUCCAUAACUGUCUCCUCUCUGCUUAGGGCUCUUCCAGACGACGUUUAUCCGAUGGAACUUUCAAGAAAGUCUUAACGUCGUGUGGACUGGUCCUAACAAUCUAACAUGUCCUUAUUGACACAAAAAUAUUUUUGCUAACAAUCGUUUGUACAGAUUAAUAAAAUGAUCGACGCGAAAAUAUUUUUGUGUGAAUCUAGUAAUGUCUAAUCAUUUAAAUGUUUCGCUCAUCAAAUUGUACAGUCGAACCAAUAAAUGUUAUAAUAUUUAAUUUCUUUGUAUGGUUGGUAACUUUAGCUAUAUUAGAGAUAUAAAACUAUAAGAAAACCUUGCGAAAUUGUCAUUGAAUGUACCUAUAACAGUAUAAUUGUUGAUAUAAAAGACAGGACGACUAAUGGAGACAAAAUAGAGAAAAAAAUUAAGACAAAUUUUAUUGUGUAACUACGUGAAAGAUGAACUGUUUUUAUUAUUUUUCAUUUUUAUUAUUUUUAUUUCAAUAAAUAUCCACGAUUUGUUAAUCAA